GAAUCGAUCUGUGUUUUGUGCGCAGGUUGCGAUGACGGGAGGACUCGAAGCCCGGCCAAGCAAGAAGCGGCGGCAGUCCGGCGCCGGCCUGGCGGAAUUUGCCACGCGAAUCACCAAGCACCUCGCCGACGCGAGCCCUCGCGGCAACAUGGUCUUCUCGCCGCUGUCCAUCUACGCCGCGGUCGCGCUGCUGGCGCCCGGCGCCCGAGAGGACACCCUGGACGAGAUCCUCCGCCUCCUCGGCGUCCGUUCCCGCGACGAGCUCGAGGAUCUCAUCUCGCGCGUGGCGGCGGACGCGCUCAAGGACCAGUCGGGGUCUGGCGGGCCGAGCGUGGCGUUCGCGUGCGGCGUGUGGAACGACAAGGCGCGGCCGCUCAAGACGGCGUACCGCGAGACCCUCGUCGGCACAUACAAGGCGAAGUCACGCGCCGUCGACUUUCGGGGAAACGCGGGGAAAGCGGCUCAGCAGAUCAACGCCUGGGUCGCGCGGGUCACCGGAAACCUUAUCACCGCCGUCGUCUCGCCGAAAUCCUUCUGCCCGGCGACGGACGUCGUGCUAUUUUUAUACUUCAAAGGAAAAUGGGUCAUGCCGUUCUACGAGAGGAUGACCAAGGACAGGCAGUUCCACAGGCUCGACGGCACCACCGUUGACGCCCCCUUCAUGCGCAACUCCGGCCGUCACUUCAUCGCCGUGUACGAUGGGUUCAAGGUCCUCAAGCUGCGGUACGAGAUGCCACGAGCCAAACCGUUGCGCUGGACGACCAACUUCAAAAAAACCACGCCACGGUACUCGAUGUGCAUCUUCCUCCCUGAUGCGUACGACGGCCUCCAGGGCCUCGUUGAGGAGAUAACCUCCCGCCCGACCUUCUUGCAUGAUCACCUGCCGACGAGCCAGGUCAAGGUCGGCGAAUUCGGGGUUCCCAAGUUCAAGCUUUCUUUCCAGAGCAGUGUCACGCAAACUCUCAAACACCUAGGGCUACUGUUGCCGUUCGGCAUGGGUGCUGACCUGUCAGACAUGGUGGAGGACGACGGCUCCGGCACACCUCUGGUUGUGAAUGACGUUUUUCAUAAGGCUGUCAUUGAGGUAAACGAGCAAGGGACUGAAGCUGCAGCUGUCACCACGACGAAAAUAUAUGGAUCAGCGAUGCCGCGGCCGACGCCAACGACGGAUUUCGUCGCCGAUCAUCCCUUCGCGUAUUUCAUACUCGAAGAGGCGUCAGGUGCAAUCAUCUUCGCAGGGCAUGUCGUCGACCCUAGCAGUGGCGGAGACAGCCAUGUGCGGAUUGGACGACCGAGAAAGGGGGAGCAGGCAAGCCGGAUCCGGGAAAAAGAGGAUCGAUCUUUGUUUUCUGCGGGGGCUGCGAUGACGGGGGGAUUCCAAGCCGGGUCGUCAAGCAAGAAGCCGCGGCCGCCCGGCUCCGGCCUGGCGGAACUUGCCGCGCGACUCACCAAGCGCCUCACCGGCGCGAGCCCGUGCAUCAACCUGGUCUUCUCGCCCCUUUCCAUCUAUGCCGCGGUCGCGCUGCUGGCGCUGAGCGCCCGAGGGGAAACCCUAGAUGAGAUCCUCCGCCUCGUUGGCGCCCGUUCCCGCGACGAGCUCGAGGAUCACAUCUCACACGUGGCUGAGGACGCGCUAGAGGACCUGUCGGACUAUGGCGGGCCGAGAGUGGCCUCCGCGUGCGGCGUGUGGAAUGACAUGGCGCGGCCGCUGAGGACGGCGUACCAUGAGACCGUCGUCAGCAAGUACAAGGCGGAGUCACACGCCCUGGACUUCCGGGGAAACGCGGGGAAAGCAGCCAAGGAGAUCAACGCCUGGGUCGCGCGGGUCACUAAGGGCGUGUUUGACUUCCCUGGGACACCGGACGUCGAGGAUAUUGAUGGCCCUGACAAGCCCGCUGCGAAGCCCUUCAACAAGCCAUUUGACCCCGUCCAUGAUAGGAAGAGGAAGAAAGGAGGCUUGAUGGAGGAGCAGAUCAAUGUCUUUUGCAGCAUGACUGAGGCGGUGAAGGAGGCUAGGUUGAGAAGGGUAUGCAAUGCGACUACUGUUACAAACUGGAACCAAACACGUCCUAAAAACCGUAUCAGGGACGUCGUUACGCCGGGAUUCUUUGGCCCGGAGACAUACGUCGUGCUCGCAAACGCCAUAUACUUCAAAGGCAAAUGGGUGCACCCGUUCAACAAGAGGAAGACCAUGAAAAGGCCGUUCCAAAGGCUCAAUGAAACCACCGUCGAUAAGCACUUCAUGUGCAACUCCACCCGUCACUUCAUCGGCGUGUACGACGGGUUCAAGGUCCUCAGGCUGCCGUACAAGAUGCCACGAUACCAUGUGCCGGCCAACGCAGAAACACCCACGCCUCAGUGCUCGAUGUGCAUCUUCCUUCCGGAUGCGUACGAUGGCCUCCAAGGCCUCGUUGAGGAGAUAACCUCCUGCCCGACCUUCCUGCACGAGCACUUGCCGACGAGACAGGUCAGGGUCGGCGAAUUCGGGGUUCCCAAGUUCAAGCUUUCUUCCCAGAUCGAUGUCACCCAAACUCUCAAACACCUGGGGCUCCUGUUGCCAUUCGACAUGGGUGCUGACCUGUUGGACAUGGUGGAAGACCACGGCUCCGGCUUGCCUCUGCUCGUGAAUGACAUUUUCCAUAAGGCUACCAUUGAGGUAAACGAGCAAGGGACCGAAGCUGCUGCUGCCACCAGGAACCGCGGGCUUCUUGGAUGUCCGAUGCUGCUGCCGAAGGUCGACUUCCUCGCCGACCAUCCUUUCGCUUAUUUCAUAGUCGAAGAGGCUUCAGGUGCAAUCAUCUUCGCAGGGCAUGUCGUGGACCCUAGCAGUGGCAGAGAAAGCCAGGUGCGGAUUGGACAACCCUAUAGGAUGAAAAUUAGUGAGCCGUGA